AUGAGUUACUCUCGCUGUCGUGUACUCACAAUCCUCUUACUUCACGCAUGGAGUGGCCUGGUUGUCCUUGGGAUUGACACGUCUCAAGCGAGCAAUGUGCAAACGACACCAGUGGUUUCGGAGCCCUCGGGGGCAUCCGGACCCGACUACACUGGCCCAUCAGCUGGCUCGGAUGAGUGUGAUCCCGAGAUGGUUGGCUUUGAACUAGUCACCGGAUACGUUUACACCGCGCCCACCAACAUGAUUGAGACUAGAGCCGGUACGCUGAUGCUCACCGAGUGCCUCGAGUUCUGUCAGGCUAAUGACUCAUGUCAAGCGGUCAAUUAUGAGACUGGUCUCUGCGUACUAUUCAGCUCCAAUGCCGACAAUAAUCCAGGUGCACUGACGCAAUCUCAGUUCCCCGUAUUCACGAUCUACGCGCAGAAGAGUUGUCUCGCUGUUAAACCGUGCGAGAGAGCAUGGUGCAUCGACAGGGUACAAGGCCACCGUCUUCAGGGUCACACCAAAAGAAGUAUGACAGCCUCGUCACGUCAACACUGUCUUGAGCUGUGCCUCGGUGAACGAGACUUCUUGUGCAGAUCCGCAAAUUACGCGAACGCCUCCAAAGUAUGCGAACUAUCGGACAUGGACAGACUGACAAUGGCCGGCUCCAACGCCUUCCAAACCUCCAAGGACUUCGAUUUCCUCGAGAAUCACUGCGUCGACGAGCCCGUGAAAUUGUGCGAAUUCAAAAAACUCACUGGCCGUAUACUCAAGACAGUAGACUCCGUCUACCAGGACAUUGCCACGUCUGAGGAGUGUCGCGAACUCUGCCUGAAUUCACCGUUUCGUUGUCACUCCUACGACUACGGUGACACCGGCGAUAUGGUAUGCAGACUGAGUCAUCACUCAAGAGCAACGCUGUCUGACAUUCAGGAACCCUACUUAGACGCGCCUCAGGCCUCAACUUAUGAACUGAGCUCAUGCUACAACGUAACCAUCGAUUGUCGAGCUGGUGACAUGGUGGCCAGAAUACAAACCAGUAAACUGUUUAACGGCAAGGUUUACGCCAAGGGUUCACCAAACUCGUGUGUUCAGGAUAUCAAAGGAGCCCUAGAGUUUGAGCUCAAAAUGGCGUACGACGAUUUGGAGUGUAAUGUCAAACAACAGGGACUGGGAAGAUACCUCAACGACGUUGUUAUUCAGCAUCACGACACCAUCGUCACGAGCUCGGAUUUGGGUCUAGCUGUUACAUGUCAAUACGAUUUAACAAACAAGACUGUAUCAAAUGAGGUUGACCUUGGUGUACAAGGAGACAUAACACCAGCUCUAUCCGAGGAAGUGAUCGUUGAUUCCCCUAAUGUUGCCAUGAAAAUAACCGAUCGUGAUGGACACGAGGGCAUGCCAUCAGCUGAAGUUGGUGAUCCACUUGCUCUCAAAUUCCAAAUUCUCGAUCCAAACAGCCCCUACGAAAUUUUCGUACGCGAACUCGUUGCCAUGGACGGCAUUGACUCCAACGAAAUUGUUCUCAUUGAUUCUGACGGCUGUCCAACUGAUCAUCUUAUCAUGGGUCCACUGUACAAGUCUGGUAUUACCGGAAAGAUUCUGCUAUCACACUUCGACGCCUUCAAAUUCCCAAGCUCCGAGGUCGUGCAAUUCCGUGCUCUAGUGACUCCCUGUAUGCCAAGCUGUGAGCCAGUACAAUGCGACCAAGAAGAAUCAACCGGUGAGCUACGCUCAGUGAUAAGCUUUGGUCGUCGUCGUCGCCGACGUCACACAACAUCCCAAACAUCGCGGGAGGAUCUUCUCCUAGUGCAAUCAAUUCAAAUAACCGAUAAAUUUGGCUUCGAGAGAUCAGACAAAUCAUCCGACAACACUGGCAAUCGUACAUCAAUGCCGCGUGACAGCAUUUACGGUGUCGAGGGUGAGGAUAUCGUAGACUUGAGCGGGCGUUACGGUUUAUGCGUUAAUGUUGCUGAGGCCAUCAUAGCUGGUGCUUUAUUCAUUGUUGCUCAGAUUAUCAUUAUUGCUGCGUGGACAUUUACAUGGCAAAGACGCAAGCAAAUAUUAAAACACCAGGAGGCACUAUCGGUAUCGGUGUCAGUACCAGGUGCAUUGCAUACGGGUAUACCGAGUCGUGCUGACAGCCUCUGCAAGUUAUAUGACGCCGGUUACUCGCGGCGUUUUUAA